GGAAUGAAUUAGCUAGACAUUCCAUUGUUAGUGACAUGUAUUUUUAAACAUAAACAAACGUUACAAUAAUACACUUUUAUACCAAAAGGCAAAAAACUUAUAUUCAAAUCUAAAUAAAAAUAAAAUGGUUGUUGUUUUGCUUUGAAAAUAAAAUAAAGCAGUCGAGAUUGGAGCGUAAGCGCCAGCCAUCUUUAUAUAUUUCUACUUCUAACAACAGAAAACAAGGCCCCGAUAUUAAUAUCAUAUCAACACGCUUUACUAUAUAGUCAUUAUUUGACUUUUAAUAUAAAGAAAAGUAACGCGAUGGUUACGAUAUUAAUAUAUAUUGCAUGUUAGCUCCCAUCAACAUCCAAAGCUUAAACCUUCUCACUCUCUCUUCUCAAAUGGAGGCUGAUGAUUUAACGAAACUCUCUCUUCUCCAACGCAGAAACGGCGCCGUUUCACAAACUCUAGACUUGGAGCUCCUCUCAGUCAACAAAUCUUCUGAUGAUCCUCUUCUACGUUACACCUCCCUAAGAGACAUCCUCCCUUCAUCCACAGCCACCACUGAUUCCCCUGCCGUCUCUGUAGCGGCUCCCAUCAUCUCGAUCCGCAACCGCCUUGUAAAGCAAGCCGCUUGUGCCUACCUUCAGCCUGCUACUCCAACUCCUUCGUCUAACUCUUCGUUCUUCCGCCGUGUUUCUUCCUCUUUCCUCCGCAUCCUAUCCGCCUUAUUCGAUUCCAUCCUCCGCCUCUUCCCAUCACCCCGGAGAAUAUUCAGAGCUUAGUGGUAAACAGAGAGACUUGACAAACUAUUCCCACGUCAUCAUCUCUGUUUUUCCUUUUUUUUUUUUCAUUUCAAAAUUUAUGUUCUUUUAUUUCAAACAACUCGUGAAUGUUUUUGAUGUUCAUGUAAUACGCUUCAGUUUGAGCCCUGGAACUUGCGGGCUUAGCUUUGGCGCGAGUCUCCGUGAGCGAUGUUUACUCAGUUACUUUCGCCGGUUCUUGUAAGACAAUUGUGCCAGAGACCAGUUAAAUAAAUAAAAAAAAAAGAAAACAAGGCGCUGCCGUCAAAUUUUGUUUUUAGUUGGAUAAAUCAUUGUUAUGUAAUUUUUAGAUCUUUAAACACUGUUAUGUAAAAAAUUUUAGAUGGUAGAGUGAUCAGGCAAUCCAAAAAAGUGUAGGUGUUUAAAACAUGUUUCGAUAAAAACAAAAAAUAAUCAACGUGAAAAAGAGA